CUUCUGAGUGAGAAGAGGACGUGUUCUCCUGAUGUUGUAUAGAUAAACAAGACAACGUGUAGACACAACUAAUACACAGCAAGAGAAAAGCUUACAAUGGACCAGAGCAGACACAAACGGCUGCAGUCAGAACAAACGCACCUGCAGUACAACAUAAGAUCAUAAUAAACGAAAAAGCAACACUGAACAAGACAAAUGCAGACAGGUGAAACAAGCAGGAAGGAAGGACAGCACAUCAUUAUUAUUAUGUUUACAUUAUUGGAUGAUAAAGUACAGCCUCUCGUACCUUACUGCUUAAAUAAAAUACACAAAGAAGUUGAACAAUUUGAUAAAUAUGAACAUUUGUGGAAAAAGAAGAAUCUGUAUUGUUUUCUUCUGUUUAUUGAUAAAAUAAUGGUCUGAGGUUGUAAAGUUUGUAUUUCUCAUUUGCUCCUUGAACGCACCAGCGGGGGCUUUACUGAGCAUGCGUCAGACAUGCUAACUGCUGCAGUUAGCUCCAUCGCGCAGUCUCUCCUUUCGUUUCACUCCGCUUCAACUGGAAUAUUCAACUGAAAUAGAAGUUUAAUCUUUAACCGCGAGUCUCCGAACCGCUGCGACUCUUUACGACCUUCAUCCAAACAAAGAAGCUAGCAGCAGUUAGCAUGUUGUUGUUAGCCUGCGUCGUGAUGUGGCUCGUUUAGCUACAAGCUAACGGCUGCCGGUAAGUUUCAGAAACAACAAACAAACGGGUCAUCGAUACAGCGAGAUGCCGCCUUCAAGUGCUGCUCGGACACUCGCGUUCCUUGUUAAAGUGUAACGCUACUUUAAGCACGUGUCCUCAGGAUGAUCCGGUUCAUGCUGAUGGUGAACCGACAGGGUCAGACCCGCCUGUCCCGGUACUACCAGCCGGUGGAGCUCAGCAGGAGGGCGCAGCUGGAGGCCGACGUGGUGCGCUGCUGCCUGAGCCGCAGGAAGGACCAGUGCUCCUUCGUGGACUACAAAGACUUUAAACUGGUCUACCGGCAGUACGCAGCCCUCUACGUCGUGGUCGGCGUCACGGACAACGAGAACGAGCUCUCUGUCUACGAGCUGCUUCAUAACUUUGUGGAGGUUUUGGACAAAUACUUCAGCCGAGUGAGCGAACUGGACAUCAUGUUCAACCUGGACCGCGUCCACAUCAUCCUGGACGAGAUGAUCCAGAAUGGACACGUGGUCGAGACCAACAAGAGCCGCGUCCUCGCGCCGCUCACCGCCCUCGACAAGAUGGCCGACGGCUGAGUCGCCACAGGAAGUGAUAUCGGUUCUCUCAACUUGAAUUGUUUACCAAAAUAAAAUCAAUGAAACUUGUUUUAA